UUGCAGGUUCCGACUAAAGAGGCAUCAUUUCCGCUUUGAGAACUGGCGGGACUUCUUCACUGGAUAGGAGAGCUGUGGGUUGUUUACAAGCCUCGGAGGUUGUUUAAACACACAGAAAAUGAUGGCAACAAACGGAAAAGACGCGUGUGGGGUCAAAGAAGAGGCGCACACAGCUGCGGUAAACGGAGAUGGUGCAGAGGCGUCGCCGCAGUCGAAGCGGCCGCAGAGGUUCACCUUCAGCUCCGAGCCCUCCAUCGAGGAUAUUCGGCGCAUGCAGGCCGAUUUCACAGACGAGCGGGACUGGAACCAGUUUCACCAGCCCCGCAACCUUCUGCUGGCCAUGGUCGGGGAGGUGGGCGAGGUGGCAGAGCUCUUCCAGUGGAAGGGAGAGGUAGCCGAGGGCCUGCCGGACUGGACCGAGACAGAGCGGGAGCAGCUGGCGCACGAGCUCAGCGACGUGUUGAUCUACCUCGUGGAGCUGGCCGAGAAGUGUCGCGUGGACCUCCCGCAAGCGGUGCUCCGUAAAAUGGCUCUAAACCGUCAGAAAUACCCCGCCAGCAAAGUGCAGGGGUCGGCCAAGAAGUACACGGAGUAUAAAGACUGAUGGAGGAGGUGGAGAGCACUGGGGGAGUGUGUUUGCUGGAACUGCUGCUGUUUAAUAAAGACCCACAAACGCUGCCCAAUCACAGCUCGGUUUAAAUGACAUUUUCUGGGUUUACAUGUUAGGAAACCACGAAAACCUUCAACUGUUGUGUUAUCUGGGAGUUAUCCGAACUCAAGGAAUAUGUUGGCUUUUACUGAAGUUCACUUUUUAAGUCCUGAGGUUUAGUCUGACCUUCGCUGUGCCUCGGUUAGUUUAAGGUGGGACUGUUGUACAUCGCCUUUCGGGGGUUUAUUUGUCACUAAACAUUUUAAGUUAUUUAGAUUGGCUCCAGUGUCACCACGGAGUGGAGUGUUGAUCAGUGCCAAACUGACAGUCGUGUCUCUUUUUUCCAUCCAAAUGUAUCAGUAUAUUCUUCAAAUUUGGAUGUUUUUAUCACAUUUUGUCAUAAGUAAAAGUUGAGUCUGAGUCAUGUUUUCACUCAUUUGUCAGCUGUUUUGUGUUUUAAAGGAUGAAACUGGAUUAGUAAUCUGUUAACCAACCUGCAGUUGAUUAAGCAGUCUUGUACCUUAAUCGAUGUUUUGAUUUCAAUCACAUGCCAGCUAAUCUUGGUGUCCACUUUGUUUACUGUUUUUUUUUUUUUUGACAAUUUAUGAAACAUCGCAGAUUCAAUAAUGUCUUAUUAUUCAUGAAAAGGCAAGUUACGUCCAUAAACCAGGACAUUUUUAUUUGGGCUGUAAUAAAGUGCAGUUACAAUCCAUCCUUUUUUUCCUUUUUUUAAAAAAAAAAAAACAACUUCUUUCUAAGACACUAUAGUCACGUGGUAGUGUCCCACACUCACAUGAAAACUUCCAUCAAUUUUGACAACAUCCCCCACACCACUGGCUGCAACCCCAAACCAUGACAGCCUAAACUUUGUUUUACAGAUGGCUUUUUUUGGUAAACAAUGUUGUUAAAGGCUAAACCUACUAAAUCUAAACCAAAUGAAAGACUAAAAAUUGCAAGA